AUGGGGGGAAAGCAGGACGAGGACGAGGCUUUUGGGAAGCCAGUCCAAUAUGACCCCUCCUUUCGAGGUCCCAUCAAGAACAGGAGCUGCACAGAUGUCAUCUGCUGUAUCCUCUUCCUGCUCUUCAUUUUGGGUUACAUUGUGGUGGGGAUUGUGGCCUGGAUGUAUGGAGAUCCCCGGCAAGUCCUGUACCCCAGGAACUCUACCGGGGCCUACUGUGGGAUAGGGGAGAACAAAGAUAAACCAUAUCUCCUGUACUUCAACAUCUUCAGCUGCAUCCUGGCCACCAACAUCAUCACAGUCGCUGAGAAUGGCCUACAGUGCCCCACACCCCAGGUGUGUGUGUCCUCCUGCCCAGAAACCUCAUGGACCGUGGCAGAGAACCAGUUCUGGCAAACAGUUGGCGAAGUCUUCUAUACUAAAAAUAGGAACUUUUGUCUGCCAGGGGUGCCCCAGGAUAUGCAAGUGUUCAAAAGCCUGCAACAGGAACUCUGCCCCAGUUUCCUCCUCCCCUCUACUCCAGCUCUGGGACGUUGCUUUCCGUGGUCCAAUGUUACUCCACCCGAACUUCCAGGGAUUACCGGCAACAUCUCCCAGGGCAUCAGUGGUCUUAUCGACAGCCUCAAUGCCCGAGACAUCAGUGUUAAGAUCUUUGAAGAUUUUGCCCAAUCCUGGUACUGGAUUCUUGUUGCCCUAGGUGUGGCUCUGGUCCUGAGCCUACUAUUUAUCUUGCUUCUGCGCCUGGUGGCCGGGCCCCUAGUGCUGGUGCUGAUCCUAGGGGUGCUGGGUGUGCUGGCAUAUGGCAUCUACUACUGCUGGGAAGAGUACCGAGUGCUGAGGGACAAAGGUGCCUCCAUCUCCCAACUGGGCUUCACCACCAACAUCAGUGCCUACCAAAGUGUGAAGGAGACCUGGCUGGUUGCCUUGAUCGUGCUGGCUGUGCUUGAAGGCAUCCUGCUACUGAUGCUCCUCUUCCUGCGACAGCGGAUUCGCAUCGCCAUUGCCCUCCUGACAGAGGCCAGCAAGGCUGUGGGACACAUGAUGUCUACCAUGUUCUACCCGCUGGUCACCUUUGUCCUCCUGCUCAUCUGUAUCGCCUACUGGGCCGUGACUGCUCUGUACCUGGCCACUUCAGGGCAACCCCAGUAUGUCUUAUGGGCACCCAAUGCCAGCUCACCCAACUGUGAGAAAGUGGGAGUGAAUACAUCGUGCGACCCCAUGGCCCAGACUAUGAACUCCUCAUGCCCAGGGCUGAUGUGCGUCUUCCAGGGCUACCUGUCCACAGGCCCAGCACAACGUUCUCUCUUCAACCUACAAAUCUAUGCAGUCGUGGGGCUCUUUUGGACCCUUAACUGGGUACUGGCACUGGGCCAGUGCGUCCUAGCUGGAGCCUUUGCCUCCUUUUACUGGGCCUUGCACAAGCCCCGGGACAUCCCCACCUUCCCCCUGAGCUCUGCCUUUGUCCGCACACUCCGUUACCACACCGGGUCACUGGCAUUUGGAGCCCUCAUCCUGACCCUUGUGCAAAUAGCCCGUGUCAUCUUGGAGUACAUAGACCACAAGCUGAGAGGAGUGCAGAACCCUAUAGCCCGCUGUAUCAUGUGCUGCUUCAAAUGCUGCCUCUGGUGUCUGGAAAAGUUUAUCAAGUUCCUAAACCGGAAUGCAUACAUCAUGAUCGCCAUCUACGGGAAGAAUUUCUGUGUCUCAGCCAAAAAUGCCUUCAUGCUGCUUAUGCGUAACAUUGUCAGGGUGGUUGUCCUGGAUAAAGUCACAGACCUGCUGCUGUUCUUUGGGAAGCUGCUGGUGGUUGGAGGCGUCGGAGUCCUGUCCUUCUUCUUUUUCUCCGGUCGCAUCCAGGGGCUGAGUAAAGCCUUUGAGAACCCCCACCUCAAUUAUUACUGGCUGCCCAUCAUGACCUCCAUCGUGGGGGCCUAUGUCAUCGCCAGUGGCUUCUUCAGCGUUUUCGGCAUGUGUGUGGACACACUCUUCCUCUGUUUCUUGGAAGACCUGGAGCGUAACGACGGCUCCGUGGACCGGCCCUACUACAUGUCCAAGGCCCUUCUGAAGAUUCUGGGCAAGAAGAACGAGGUGCCCCAGGCGAACAAGAAGAGGAAGAAGUGAGAGAUCUAGGCUUUGAUCCAGGAUUGCACCGCGCCUGUACAAACGCCCAUCCUUAUUUCGCCUUACAGAUCUCAAUUUUGUAAUAAAAAGAUUUUA